AUGCCAUCAGAGGACUUGAACUAUGCCCACGCCCUGGAGCACCACGCCGAAGAGAGCGGCAUUGGUGCCUGGGACUCUGGCGGUAUCGGUAUCACUGAAGACCGAGACGCAGCGGGUUCGACUCAUCAAGCUUACAUUCCUCCCGAGUAUUCAAGGAGCAGAGAACGCGGAACCAGCAUUGCGCAUCAGCCCUCGCCCGCUAUCAUGCUCAACAAAGUCGUCAAGGUCGGCGUGUACAUCCCCGCUGGCUGUCAGCUCCUCGACAUGGCCUGCGUGGACAUCCUGCACGUCAUGUCGCACGAGUACAUACAGGCCAUCCGGUCCCUAGUCCCGCAGCAUAUGAUCGACUUAGCCCCCAACGUCAAGAUUUUCUACAUCACGACCCGCGCCCGCAUGGCUGAAGGCAGCAUACCCAUGACCGCCGAACUUGAUGCUCGUCCCACCCACGCGACGGACCACCCGGACGUGGCUCCCGGAAAACUGGACAUCGUGGUUGUCCCCGGCCCGGACCCCAGCACCGAGUUCAGCGACGAGAUGACUGGCUGGUUGCGCGAGCAGGCCGCAAACGAGGGGACGGAUAUCCUGAGCAUCUGCACGGGCAUCUUACUGUGCGGUGCCGCGGGCCUGUUGGAUGGGAAGAAGGUGUGCGGGCCCAGGGGGAUACAGGAUGAUUUAAAAAACAAGUUCCCCGGGGCCGAAUUUGUCGGAGAGAAGUAUCGGUGGUAUCAGGAUGGCCGGUUCUGGUCUGCUGGUGGGUUCACCCCCGCGCCCUCCCUCUUCUUUUUGUUCCUGUUCCUUGUUCCCUUUGUGCCUUUGCCAUUGCCAUUGGCCCUCUUAGACUCCGUGUCUCUUCAAACCUCUAAUGGGUCUGGGUUUCGAUGUGGCGUAACGAACGGCAACGAUCUUAUAGCAGCGUAUGCGCGUAGCGGAAAACACUUCGCACCUGCUCUUGGGGAUCUCGCCUGCAUCAUGGCCGAGGUUGGGGACCGGUCUCAGUUGUAUAAGAAAGGGCAGUCCGUGUACAUCCUGGGGAUGCUGUGGGAAGUGGCGGAGGGCCUGAGGGAAAAGCGUCGGAUUUGCCAUCUCAGGCGCAACUGAUCGCCUUUCUCCUUACCUGCGCGCUACUCAUUACAC